AUGAUGGAAGCAGUGAGCAACUGGCUUGACCGAGCAGCCCAUAGCUCGCUCGAUGUCCCUCAUCCAGCUGACAAUGAUUCUCAAAAAGGACUUGCUGAUGGCAAAACAGGUGGGCCCAAUGCCGGAAAUGUUAGCAAUAUCGUUCCAUUUCGGAUUUUGAUUAAAUCACUGGAAAUUUUACCGUCAUCCGUUCCAGCUUCACUCGCUGCUCCAUAUGAAGUGCAAUUUACUGCAACGUUAUUCGAUAAUUUAUACAAACGAUUCUACGGACAAACAUGGUUUAGCACUUGGCAUCGAGGUAAACUUGCAACGGAUAGCUUCUUUCGCGUCAAUCUUGCUGAACCUUUAUAUUGUCAUAUACCAAUGAAAAAUGAUCAAAAUUGCUUAGUAGUUCAAUUUAUAUUUCGUACUGGAGAAGAUCGUGAUGAUCGAGUUGAACUCGUUGGUGGUUGGACAGUAAUUCGUCUGAAACCGUGGACUGCUGAUGAUGACAGUACAAAACCAAUUAGUAAUCGUUGCCCGCUUUAUCAAGGUUCGCCACGUGCUUUAAUGUUUCUGAAUGAACCAGUGGAAUCAUGUCAAAAAGUUUUACAAGUUGCAUCUGCUGGAUUGUUCACUGAAGUCAAAUAUCAUGAACCAUUAUUUUCGGUUAUUCAAUAUCUCCCGGAGUGUACUCUGUUUGGUCGGGGUGCAAAUAUCGGUGGUAUUCAUUCUUCUGGCGAUUCAAAUGAAGAUGUGUUGAAACAACCUGUUCUACAAGCAAAUCGACGAAAUAUUCUUAUUGAACAAGUUGAAAUUGACAUGGAACCGUCGGUGAAUAUUUUCGAGGAAGAACUUUGUAUUAUGAUCAAUAAAGAUCGUCUGGAAAAGAAAAAACUAUCUCAAUCAGCAGCGAAUCAAAUAUCACCGGAACCACAAAAAGUUUCGAUUGUUGAACGACGCUUAAGAGUUGGUGUACACAAUGGGCAAUGCUAUGUUCAAGACCCACUCAUAUUUUAUUUGACAUCCGAACAAGAAGAUACAGGAAUGUCAGCACUGUCAAGAAAAUUAAGUUUUCGACAAUCACAACGACGUAGAACAGUUUCUGCCGAAGGUCGUACUGGUGUGUUGGACGAUCGUAAAAAACUCUUUCUGAGAAAUCCAAUUCGCUUGGAUGAUGUUCCUAUUGACGAUAACAAUGCCAUCGUCUUUGUUUUGGAAUAUAUGGUUUCGAUACCAAUAGGUACUCCUUUAAAACCGAAUCAACCAGUGGAAACUACCAAAGUAACAUUCACUAUUCGUUGGGCAGCUUGGCUUCCGGGAAAAGAUAAACAAGUUGCUUUGGUUAUGUAUGGUGGUGAAACAUUACCAAGUGACGAGUUAUUCGUGUACAAGCCAUCGAAAACAGUUCUACAUAAUACACCAGAUAUUAUUCAAGAAACUUUGCGAUUUAACUAUAGAUUUGAUACAGAGCCACCUAUGCGGUAUCCAACAACAGCAAUGACAACAACAGCAAGAACAGAUUUAUUACUACCACAUACUAUGCAAAAACCUAUUAUUCCACUCGAUACUAGUUUAACAACAUCGAUGACUUACGACGUUUCACAAAGAACAGCUGUUCCACCUCAAACUAUUCCGGGAGCUAUUCAACCACCUAUUUAUCAUCAAGCGAAUUUGGUACCAUGGCAAGCAGAUGGAGUCUAUCCAGCUUUUUCACCAAUGUCUGCAUUGGCCAAUCAAAUGACCUUUGCACAUACACUAUCUCGUGCUGCUUAUUCUCGUCUUCAAGGUCAAGGUUUUCCAACGAUUAAAACAACAAAUGAUAAAGAAGCUGAAAUGAUUGAUAUCCGACAAACCCGUUUUCUUGAUUUACAAACAGAAAUGGCCGAUCCGAUGAAUUGUAAUCUUAUUCAUCUACAAUUUCUUGCAUAUUUCAAAAUGACACGAGCUGGCAUGUCAUCCAAAGCAACUUAUCCGAAGAGUCUCUUUUUCACUUUUAAAUUUUAUCGAUUUCCAGAAACGACCACCAGCAGAGUUAUGUUGGAACGUAUGCAUGACACGAUUUCCAGUGAUCCCAAUGUUGAACCAUACAUUCUAUGGCGUCUGAAAGAAGAUAGUACGAGAACAUCUGGUCUACCAGGAUUACCAGUAAAAUUUCAAGUUGAUGGCGGUUUUCUUGGUUCUGUUGAACAACGACAAUUCUUUGAAUAUAUCAAUACUCAUACUCUUUAUAUUGAAGUUUGGGAUGGUGAUGGUCUGUUUCCUGUUGGCAUGUGUGCACUCGAACUUCGGUAUUUUCUCCGUGAUGGUCGUCCGGGAGUGCAAACAUUAGUUGAACUUGAUGUUUUUGCAACGGUUCCGAUUGAAAGUAGUGACACGCCUGCCAUGGAAAACCAGUAUUACCAAUCAACUGAACAACAAUAUUCUCUGAUUGGAGAAAAAUUAAAAACUGUCGGUAAAUUGAUCAUGCGUAUUGGCAAUGUUGGAUCUGUAGGAACAGAACAACCCUCAGCUGAAACUAUUCGAACUUCUGAUGCAUUGCGUUUACUGCCGACGAAUCGCAUUCUAUCAUCAACACCACCCUUCGACGUUGUUCAACAACGUGCGGGUGAAAUUACCACAGGUGGCGUAAAAGAUUAUCGUCUCACUCGCGCUCAUCGUAUCGUCGACUCGUAUCCAAACAUAAAUUCUGUUCUACAUAGUUCGGAUAAACAAGCAAGUGAAUCUGAGCGCCAACGAAAAUUAGCACGAAUGGAAGCAGUGCGAAAGCGAGCGGCUGAAACAGGAAAUGAAGGUGUCUCAUCAUCCAUGCCAGGAACUAAUCGCAAAUUGCGUGAACUACGCGAAACUGAUCUACGAACAAUUUCAAUGUAUCGUCAACAAACAAAACAUGAAGAUAUCGCGCAUCAUUUAAUGAGCUUUAUUACUCGCGAAGUGCACAUUCGUCUAAUGCCUGGUUAUGUUGAAUUCUUUGAAUUUAUCUUACAAAAUCCAUAUCCAGAACAACAUUCGAUUAGUAUUGCAUGUGAUGACGAUGAAUUAAGUGUUGUGACUGAUGCACGCGAGUGGCGACGUUUAAAAACUCUAUUCGAAGUUUUCUCUGACACCGAAGAGAACAUGUUCACGAAUCAGACGGGAAUCAUCGAUCAAAGCGGUUUGAAAUACCCUCAGAUAUUCAUGCGAGGAAAAGAAGCAGUUCAUAUUCCAUUUAAAUUACAAACAUUUCUAGCAAGAAUACCACCUUCGGAAAACAAAACCUCAUCAAGUCCAUAUGUACAUGAAGAAACAUAUUCAGUAGUGGAGAAAAAUUAUAACGAAAAAGUCAAAUCGAAACUAAUCAAGGCAGUUUUUCAAGCGGAGGAUGGUACACCGAUUAGUAUACUAUCAAUUCAUGUUGAAUAUAUGUCACCUAUCGUCGACCAAACUAUUCGUUGUAUUAAUGGAGAGAAUACAUUAUUGAAACGAGUUUUUCGUAUACCUAAUCCACGUCGAGCUGUAACAACAGAAUCUCUUUCGACUGGUUUACCUGAACAAGUUCAUCAAGUAUUUGUUCGUGCGAGUGAUUUAAAUAUUGUCUGUGAAGUUAAACCCGUACCUGUCAAUCAACCUUGUGACAUGUUAAUCAAAGCUGCUACUCACAGUGCUCCAACUGUGAGUAGUUUCUUAGUGUUUAUGUAUGCCGAUGGUUUCCUUCAUCGGCCGAUCAAUGUUUGGCAAUUUCAAAUUCAUGCAGUUAAACGCUUAGAUCUGACUUGUAUUCAAUAUCAAACAACAACAGCAACACUUUUACUUCGUGGAACACGAUCGUCACGUUUGGUACAAUGUUUAGACAAUGCUCCUGAUGAAUUAAUCAUUUCUCCAAGUAAUGCUUUCUCAGUUGCAGCGAAUAGUCUUCACGAAGUUCAUAUGCUUGUUCGACCGGCACGUUCGGGACUUCGUACAUACUGCGUCAAUGCAGUUGACAUCGAAAACCAUCAAAUUGUUGACACAUGGAUGAUACGUGUGGAUACCCGUAUGCCUGUUAUAUCGAAACAAUUCGCUCAUUCAAUAUCCUUUGGACAAAGUCAGUCCGUUAGCAAACGAAUAUCAUAUACGAAUCCGUAUGCUAUUCGCAAGACAUUCUUCUUUACAAGCAGUCAUCCUGAAUUACUUCAAUUACAACAUCAAAAGCUGGAUUUUCAAGCAAAUGAAAAACGAUUUAUUAGUUUCACGCUAUUACCUGCAUUCAAUGUUGGACCUGUUACAGACAUUAUUAUUUUAAUCAAUAAUGAACAGGAUACAAACGAAGACGCCUAUUGUAUUCGUGUUAAUUAUACAGAUUCGAACAUUCCUGUUUAA